AAGAGGAGAAGGAGACUCAGGAGAGGAAAAUUUCUUUACUUUGGAGUACUUGCAGUUGAACCGCCCAGCUACUCACACACACACACACACACCGACAGACUAAUGCUCCUGCUGGAUGGACCGACGGCGUUUACAUCCACUCUUCCAGCUGUGCACAUGUGAGACUGACCUGUGUGAGCAGACAUGCAGUUCUACUACAUGGGGGACCACACGUGGGGGACCAUGUUAGGCCAGAGUGUUCGGUUGCAGCCGGUUCCCAUCCAGAGUCUGUCAGAGCUGGAGAGAGCCAGGUUACAGGAAGUUGCAUUGUAUCACCUGGAAGAGAGAGAUUUGGACUUCAAGAUCAGCAUUCCCAGAGAAAUACGCAAACGAAGAAAAUCUCUGCGCAGGAAGUUUGACUCCUUUUCAAAGGAAAAGAAAGAGCGUGAAACUGCACCUAAGGCAUUUGGAAUCCCACUCUUCCAGGUCAUUGCUAAUGACCGGGCCUACAAACUGCGUCAGGAUGCCCUGAAGGAGAGCAGGCGUGACUGUCUGGACUUAGAGGCCAGUAUCCUGCACUUUAGGGCAGAGAAGAGACAAUUCUUCAAUGGGAACAAGUCUCUAGUCAGCUCCUCAUCAAUCACAGGAGGAGGCCCAGGCUCGUCGUCUACAAACUCUGUGGCUCCUGCACCUGUUUUUGACACCCAGAACAAACCAUUGUCACCCACAUUUCUGGAUAACACUGGCAGAGGACAAAGGAGGGGUGGUCUGUCAGUGGACUGCAUCUCCGACCUCGUAGAGAGUCAGUCCCGCCUGCUGGAGGCGCUGCAGCUCUCCCACCCAGCCGAGCUGGAGCUGAAGAAAUCGUCCUCAGAAGGAAGGACGCAGACCAAGCUCAGCCUCAACCCCAUCUACAGACAGGUGCCUCGGGUGUUGGAGAGGUGCUGCAGUCACAUUGAGACCCAUGGUCUUCAGACUGUGGGCAUUUUCCGAGUUGGGAGCUCUAAGAAGAGAGUAAGACAGCUGCACGAUGACUUCGACAUGGGGGUGGACGUCCAGCUGGACGAAGAGCACAGCGUGCAUGACGUGGCAGCUCUGCUGAAAGAGUUCCUGAGAGACAUGCCCGAUCCUCUGCUGCCCCGAGAGCUGUACCCUGCAUUCCUGCAUGCCAACCUGCUGAGGGGAGCAGACCAGCUACAGUACCUUCAGCAUCUUCUCUACCUCCUCCCACCCUGCAAUUGCGACACGCUGCUGCGCCUCCUCUCCUUGUUACACACCGUGCAGAGCUUCGCCCAGGACACCAUAGGGACCAACGAUGAGGAGAUCCCUGGUAACAAGAUGACGGCUGCUAACCUGGCGGUGAUCUUCGGGCCCAACCUGCUUCAGAGGGAACGAAGUGGAGACGUGAGUCCUCAUGCAAUGGGGAUCGAGGACAGCACCGCGAUCAUCAGCGUCACUCUGGUGCUCAUACAGAAUCACCGGAGGCUCUUCACGGUGUCUGCAGACCUGCAGCAGGAGGUCCUGAUGAGUCUGAUCCAGACCGACCCGGACGUCAUCGACUACCUGCUACGGAGGAAACUCAGCGGCAGUCACCUGACUGUGGAAACCAACAGCGAGUCGGGGGGUCGUCGGGACACGGGGGCGUCACUGGACUCUGUGGGAGCUUCCAGUGGAAGUCUGUCCCCACUGGAGCCCCCCUCACCGCUUUUCACCCCAGACAGGAACGGUGGUGAAGGCAGCCUGUCCAGCGAGGUCUUCCUCAAUGUCCUGAAACUGAACCAGAACAGGAAGAGACAGGAGAUGAGAUAUGGUGAGGUCCCCCCGGGCAAAUCCAUCCGUCACAUGCGUCAGUUCCACUCCCACCACAACCUGCUCAGCCUGGCCCAGUCCUCAUCUACUUCUAGGCUCCACAGUCAGGAUGGUGACCAGCAGGAGCGCCGGGGGCCGCUGGGCUCGGCUCUAGCCUUCACUCUGAGCAGCGGAGGAAGCUGCUCCAGUCUGAGCGGCUUGAGUGAGAGCAGCAUCUGGGUGAGGCAGGUGCCGCAGGAGGACAGCAAACCAUCACCGGCCUCUAAUUUCUGGGACUUCUUCACCGGGAAAGGGUCCGGCUCAGAGACGAUGAAAUAGUGACUAUUUUUUCUCUAACCUACCUUCCAUCUGCCCCGGUCAACCUCUGCCACAGCCUCAGUACGUGCAAAAGAAUGUGUGAAACAAAGCAACAAGGGCUGCUUUCUUAAGAACCUUCAAUCCUGGGUUGCACAGCAGAUAAUCAUUAGUAAUGAAGAUGUUGCUUUUUACUAGAUUUGGUUGAUAAAUAAUGCAUCACUUUAUUUAAGGGGAAUCUGUGUUUGAUUUAAAGUUAAAGAGUGAUAGUUCGUUAAAAAGUGAUGACAGAAUGGCAGAACCAGUCAUUAAACUGAGCCAGAUUAUGUCUGCACUGUCCUGCAGAAGUAGCUAGGAGAAGUCCUGCAGUCCUGUAAAACAAAGCAAAAACAUAAAUAUCCUCUUUUAAUUCUAAUCUUUUACUUAUAAGAACAUAUUGUUUUUUAAUCAUUUAAAGCUACAACCUCAAAAGAAGAACAGCCAAUAAUCAUUUUCAUCAAAUUUUCGACAAAUGCAGAGGCAGUGUGUGAAAAACCAAGUCCACCCUUACCCUUUUAAUUCCAGUAGCAGGUAGCAGCCACAUGCUGCUGUUCAAAUACAUCUGAUUAUCUGAUCACUGAGGUUAUAAGUUCAUUUCCCAGCUAAGAGAAAGAUUAACAGGUGGAAAACAUUCAAGGCAGCUUCCAAUCUUCCUAGGAUGUCCCAGGAAUCCCAGUUAUGAUCAGAAAAGCUGCAAGGAGAGUAAAAACAUGUCAGAUACUCCAGGCCCCAGUAAGCAUGUUAAAUGUUAAAGUACAAUUAGAAAAAGGGCUUAACAAGUACGGAUUGUUUGGAAGGGCUGCAGGAGGAAGGCUCUUCUCUCUGAAGAGAGCACGUCAGCAUGGAUUUAAACUAACAGUCAAAAAUCUGGAAACACUCGAUUUAAUGGGUUAAAUGUGUUCAAACCUUUGAUUAGCACUGCACAUCUGUAGAAACUACAAAGCUUCUGGAGCAAUUUCCUUCGGACAGAUAAAGUGGAGAAGCUUGGUCAUAAUGCACUGCAGCAUGUUUGGAGAAAAGCAAACACAACAUUUCAGCAUAAACACCUCAAACCAGCUGUGUUUGUGCUUGUUAGCAGCCACAAAACCACAUGGAGACUCUUAAUUCCUCUAUAUACCAGAAUAUUCUAGAGGCCAUCUGCCUGACAACAAUGAUCCGAAACAUUUUGUGGUGAAAAAGCAAACAAAGCAAAUCUCAAUGAACUGAAGAAACACUGGAAAGAAGGGGAGUUUUUCCUUGCUGCCUCUGCGUUAUGGCUCAGUUUUGAUAAAAAAAAAAAAAAAAACAGGGUAAUAAAAGUAAAAUAUAAAACCUAAUUGGAAGAUUUUGUACUUGCUUCACAUGCCUGUACGUCACAUUUGUCUUUUAGCUUUGGUCCUUGUCAUUUCAGAUUCUUGUAUUGUUCUUUUGUUUGUUUUUUCCACUUCUUAGAGGUCCAGUGUUGGUUUCUAUCAUGCCGAGGUCACCGUUCAUCCUGGUCUUCUACACGGCAACAAGCCUUCAUGCUGAUGUCAAACUCAAAAUUCACAUUCGACAGGUCAAUUAUAUUUAAAAAAUGAAAGGAAACAAACAUGGAUGCCUGAGAAAACAUAAACUUCAGAUCUUACAAUAUUUUGCUGACAUGUGUGUAAUUAACCUUUGCCAAAAAAAAAAAAAAAAAAAGGUGUUGACUUCCAUGUCUUUGUAUUGAGAAUAUUCAGUAUUUUACAAGCAGACGUUUUUUUCUGUGUCCUGCUUCUUUUGU